AUGGCGCGCCUAUCCACCCAAGUCUCCGCGUCCGCGACUGCCGCAAUCACCGACCUUCCUACACACGACCAGCCCGACGACACAAUGAGCCUCGACGUACCCGAACAACUUCUUACACCAGAGAACAGCCGCUCCGAAACGUCUAGCAAUAAUGAAAACGCGUUAGCCGAGGAGAAACCCGCGCCCCGCCGAAGGUCAACACGUGUAGCACGCGCAUCGUUGCAGGCGGCCGAGACUCUGGAGGCUGCACCCGUCGAGAACGAGGAUGCUGCUGCCUCAACGAGCCAGGCAUAUGUCGACAGCCUUGCCCAGGCUAAGCGAUCCCGCUCCUCGCUGCGUCACAGUAUCGCCGUGAUGGAAUCGUCCAUCUUCACCGGUACGGCACUCCCCAAAGACGACACGAUUAUGACCGACUCCCACCCAAUGGCCCCCGACACACCGGUUUCGAAGUCUUCGCAGGAACCACAAGUUGAGGAUAUGGCUACUUCGCUUCAACAGCGAACUUUGCGAAAGCGCGUGGAAAAAGCCUUGGCCGAAGAUGCACAGACACCAAAGGCUAAAGCAACUCCCAAGAGCAAUUCUCGCAGUUCUGUGCGCCGCUCAACUCGCUUGAGUAUUGUGGAAAAAGCAUCUGAUCUGUUGGACCGCGCCAACAGUGUGUUGGGCAAGCGCUCGCGAGACUUGGGCGAUAAGGGCAAGGAAAUUGGCCGGCGUGCCAGCCUUCGGCCUCGAACCGUUCCUGUCAAGGAAGAUGCCCCUGCUCCCGCACCUGAACCUGCUGCAAAGAAGCGCCGCGUCUCCGAGAGCGAUUUAUCCAAAUUGCGCGAAGAGGAAACCAAAACCCCUUCAGAGGAGCCGGCUGCGCCAGCUCCCCCACCUCGGUACAAGCCCAAGCGGUGGCUAACUCAUGGGUUAUACACGGGACAAGAACCAUCCGACUCGCCUCCUAAGCAGCGUCGUAGCAAGAACUCUGCAAAGACUACGACUGGCCUCUCGCAGCGACGCCUCCUUCCCAUGCCCAUGUUCACUGGGUCCCGCAUAGUCAGCAAUGGCAGAGAUUACGUCCUACCAUUUGACAUUUUCUCGCCGCUCCCACCAGGUCAACCAAAACCGGAUGAAUGGCGGAAGACAAACAAAAAUGUUUUCGUCGGAGAUGCUGCUAGCGAAUGGAAGGCAAACAAAAAGCUGGAGCUGUCUACUUGCAUGUGCGAGGAGGAGACUGGCUGCGACGAAAACUGUCAAAACCGCUACAUGUUCUACGAGUGCGACAGUGGCAACUGCAGACUGGGCCCGGAGUGUGGAAACCGGAAUUUCAACGAGCUUAAGCACAGAACUAAGGCCGGGGGCAAGUAUAACAUCGGUGUCGAGGUGAUCAAGACGACCGAUCGUGGGUAUGGUGUACGGAGCAAUCGUACCUUUGAACCAAACCAGAUUAUCGUUGAGUACACUGGUGAGAUUAUUACACAGUUUGAGUGUGAGAGGAGGAUGCGAUCAGUGUACAAGAAUAAUGAGUGCUACUAUCUGAUGUACUUUGAUCAAAAUAUGAUCAUUGACGCUACUCGGGGAUCCAUUGCUCGCUUUGUCAACCACUCUUGCGAACCUAAUUGUCGCAUGGAAAAGUGGACUGUCGCUGGCAAGCCACGCAUGGCACUCUUUGCUGGUGAUCGUGGCAUCAUGACUGGGGAGGAACUGAGUUAUGAUUACAACUUUGAUCCAUACUCCAACAAGAAUGUUCAGCAAUGUCGCUGUGGAUCAGACAACUGCCGAGGCAUUCUUGGUCCGCGGCCAAAGGAUAAAGACCAGCGAGCCAAACUGGAGGAGAAGACACAGGCUGCGACCAAGAAGGUCAACGGCAAAAAGCGAAAGAUGACCGAUGCGGAGAGCACGACCUCGCAGAAGGGGAAGAAGCGCAAGCUGCUCACCCCUAAGUCGAUCAAGGCCGGAGUGAAGAAGGCUGUGGCUAAGGCCACCUCACGCGGCAAAGCUGCGACUAAAAAGACGACCAAAGCAUCGGCAGCCACUAGUCGGGGGAAGGCUGCCAAGAACAUUAAAUUGCCAAAGGUCAAGACCGCGUCAAGGGUCAAAGCUGCAGUUCAAAAGGGAGCCCGGUCAAAGGCACAGCCGACAAAGGCUGCGGCUGCCUCGUCAGUGAAGGGGUCAUCACCGCUCAAGCGGCCGUCCCCCGAGACCAAGAAGAAGAUCCUGGCGCGUGCUAAGGGUGGCAGCCGCCCAUCUCCCAAGAAAUCACCUGCCAAGGCUAAGAAGACUGAGGUGAAAUCUCCUCUCAAGUCUGCCGGAAGAAAGGCAUCCACUAAGAGCCCGGUCAAAGCUCGGAUGCCCAUUUCCAAAGCCAGGAAGUCAAGCGCGGCGCCCGGUCCUAAGGCGAAGAAGACCUUGACGGGCAGUGUGAAAAAGGCCGCGAAAAGCGUUGUUCGCACUGUGAGGGGGAAGAAGAACUAA